UUAGACUCCUUCAAUCUAUACUCUGAUAUAAAACAAUUAUAUUAAUCAGAAGUUAUAUAUGUUCAAUUUGGAAACUUCUAUUAUUUUGCGUCGCACGAACAAAAAGUCUGGGAACCCAUGAGUUGAUGGAUAGACGCUAUCGCUUGAUUAGUGAUGAAAUACAGUCUCAUCUUCCUAUUUUUGCAUUAUACAGGUUUUUCUUAAUAUUAAACCAUGGGCCGUAAAACUUCCAUUGUUUGGAAUCAUUUCACAAUACCUGAACUCUAUCCUAAAAAGGCUCUGUGCAAUUAUUGUCAUCAAUUAGUAUGCCGGGGGCAGGCCAAUUUGGGUACAACUUCUCUCAUGAAUCAUCUGAAACGAUGCAAUGAGUUCAAAGUUGCGGUUUUGGGUCUACCAAUGGGUAGUGGGUUAAAUGAUAUGAUGGCAGACAUUAUGGCACAAGAUGGCCAAAACAAUUCACUCUCUAUGAGAGAGAAUAAUGAAGAAGUACUACACAUUGAACCUCAACCAGUAUCUGAUGAAGAAAAUUCAUCCUCAGCUCCGACUACCACAGACAAUAAUGUUAACAAUUUACUGCGAGCCAGUCCUGCUCAAAUUAAUGCUUUUGUGCGACGGAUGAGUAAUUCACCAUCUUUAGUUGGACGACAAAAUUGGACCUCUAGUUCCACAAGCCGAGAAAAUACACAGCCUGCCACUCAUAAUUACCAAAGUCCGAAAAGUGGUCGUCGUUCAAUGUUAUUGUAUGGAGAUAUUUCUUCAACUUCAGAAGAAGAACCUUCAUCAAGUAAUGCAUGUUAUUCUGAGAAUCCUCUUAUCACGUCAUCAUCAAAUGAUCUAAAUAAUUAUAUUGCUGGGGAAUCAACAGUGAAUUUUGUUCAUGGGGGACUUGUACUCCAUAUGUUGUAUGAGCAAUAUAAAACUGGGAAAUUUUGUGAUUUGCAUAUCAUUCCACAAAAAUCUGUUAAUGAAGUGACAAUAUUAGAAUCUGGAAAAGUAUCACAUAAGAAUUUAUCAACAGAUAAAAAAUGUAAAAAAAUUAGCGUUCAUUCAUGUCUGCUCACUGCAAUGUCAAAAAAAAUUAGCACUCUUGUUGAGAUGGGUUGCACAUCUGUAAAAUUACGAAAGGGAAGUAGUGACGCAGUAAAGGGGGUAAUUGAAAUAGUCUACACUGGGAAGUUGGAAAAAAUAAGAGUUUAUACUGAGGCACAACUUACAGAAAUACUUGACGUGGCUAGAUUUCUGGAAGUCGACUUGGUCGUACAAUACCUCAUGCGUGAAAUACCAGAAUGUAAAACAAGACAAAAACCAAAACACAUAGCACAACGGGAGUUAUAUAACGAAGCAAUGCUUGCAUUUUCACAUAUACAACGCGGCUACAGUUUUCCCAGUUCUACAUCAAACAUAAAUCAUAUGAAUACCGCUGGUAAUGCUGCUUUUAAUGAAGCAUUCCUGGCCCUUCAGCGUGAUGAGAUGCGUCAUGAACAAGAAUCCCAAGAUGGGUCACGAUCUCAUUCAGCAAGUGAUACAGAGGGCAACGAUUAUGAUAAAUCAAAACACGUAAAAUCUAGAUCCCAGCCUUCCAGAAGAUCAUCGCAAAAAUCUAGUAAGGAUUCUAACCAUCAACGUAUGGUUGAUAUCAUGGAUCGUGUUUCUGAACAAGUACCUGUGAAGCGCCCAAAAAGAGAAUAUCAUGAUGGUGAAAAUAGCUAUCCUUCAUUAUCACCACCACCCAUGGACAAGGAUUCGGUAAAUUCCCCCAUACAAGAUUCAAACGAGCCAUUGGAAUCAUUAGAUACUUCAGAUUCAUCAGCCCAGGCAUUUGAGCAGCGAAAAUCUUCAAGUCCAAGUGAACAUUUUGAGAGCAAGAUACGAUACAAAUUUCACCCUCUUCGGAGUCCCGAUGACAAUUCAUAAUAGCCAAAUCAGGGAUAUAUUUUACAAAGAAAUAUUUAUUUAUUCAAGUGAUCGGUAAUGUUAAACACUUCAAUCGUGCAGGUGUAAUUUGGGAAGAAAAUAUAUAGAUUAAUGGCAUUAUGUCAAAAUAAUUUUUACUAAAUGAAAUGUUAUUAAAAGUGCUAAUGAAAUAAUAUGGAAAAGUUGUGUUAGUAUUCUGGAUAGAUACUGCUGGUUCAUUGUAAUGGUCUUUGUUUUCAUGUUGGUCAAAAUUUUAUGUAUUCCAGACAACCUUUAAAUUUUCAAAAGAUUACAGAAAAUAAAACAUGGAGCCAACAACCUUAGUUAAAAAUUACUUGAAGAUUCAUGUAGUUCUGGGAUGUGCAAUCUUUAAUACAGGGGGGGCCAGAUCGAAAUAACUGGGUGAAACUUUGGGCCGCACAUGUAUUUAACAUAGGCUUUCUAGUAGUUGCAUGCACAAAAAUUUUAGUUAUUGAUCUUAUGACAUGCGUUGUUCACUUCGCACAAGCUCAGGCAUAGUCUUUGCAACGCAAAGGAAUUACUCACACAUAUCAGAUUAAACAAAAUUAAAAACUCCUUCCGUGGGCGACACGCCAUUCAAAGUUUGCACUUAUCUGUGGGCCGCACAAUUUUUCCUGUCGGCCGCAGGUUGCACACCUCUGAUAUAGUUCAAUGUCUUGCUUUUCAUAAGCACAACCAAUGUUCGUAUCUAAAUUUUUUCACUGGCUCAUGUGAAUACACAUAUUUGUUUGUCAAAUGAUUUGGCAUGAUGUGAUCCUGAAUCAUUUUACAUAGGGCAUCUUACAACCAUUUGUCUUUGUUUCAGAAGAUGGUCUUUCAUUUAUUUAUUUUACUCCAUUGACUCUUACAAAAUAUAUAGAAAAGCACUUCAAAAUCAAAUUUUCGUUUUAAAAGAUUAGUAACUAUCUGAUAUUUCUUUUCUUAUAAUUAUCUCUCCAUGACCUGCAUCUCUCAAACCCAUGGCCAUACUUUAAUAUUGGUUAAUUCAUUCAUUUUAAAAAAAGGCUUCAUAUGCUGCUGUAUCAAGAUAAUCGUUCAAAAUACAAAGCUCAGCUUGAUUGUCUUUGAAAGUACUUAUAAAAAAAUUUGGAUUAAGCUUAGGUACUGGAAUGUCAGGAAGACUAAGUAGAAUAUUUGAUAUAAGUGUUUGUUCAAUUUAUAUACUCAAAAGUCAAUGCUCAAACUAUUUGGAAUUUUACUGUAAAUUUGCACAGAAAACUCUGCCUUUCAAGUAACUUUCAUACUAAAAAACAUUUGAAGCUGUACUUUUGCUGUCUCAUGAAUACAGUUUUAUCGCCAUGAAAAUAUUACAAUGCAAUUUUGCCAUACUAUCACAUUGGUUAUGUUAAUUUCUAUACAAUUAUAAAUAUUGUUUGGAUCAAUAUCCAGAUAAAUUCAAUAUUUCCAAAGUAGAUUAAUAUAUUGGAAGAUUCAGUAAGGUUGGAAUUUGUUUAUUGAUCUUUUAUCAAAUGACAUGAUUCAUAACAAAUUUAGAAGAGUAGUAUCAUUAUGUAGCAAAAUCUUUUAAAUAAGUAUUAUUUUUUGAAUAAUAUUUUUUCAAAAAACAAUUUUACUUGUGUGAUUAGUGUGAACAUGGUGAUUUUAUAAGUCUUUCAAUUUACUUUCAUUGAAAUAUCCAUUCAUUUACGCUCUACAUUCUGGAAGAUUACUGCUAUAUUUAAGUUCCAAGAAUUGCGUAAUGCACAUACUAAAAUGAGCAUUCCUAUUAAAUUUAUGCACAUGCACAUCACUGCCUGAAUCGGAUCAAUCACUUUACACACAUGACAUAAAUAACUAGAUAUAGAUUUUGUCACCAUUCGAAAUGUUAUUUAUCAACACAAAGAUUUGCUUCGAUUUUCACUUCCCGAAACCAUUCUAAUCAUUUCCAUUUACUUUUCAUGUGCAGUAUAUUUGUGUACUUUUGUAUAGAUCAUAAUAAUAUACUACUUUGCUUUUUACACAACACAAUAUCAUGCUUUUUUCAAAUUGCGGUUGACGAAUAUUUGAUUAUAAAUGCUGCUUAUUUGUAUUGUUCAUGUGUUUUUUUUUAGAAUAGCUCAUCUUUUAUUUAUAUUUAUUUCAAAUGCAAUAGUUGUGAAAAUAUUUAUUUUUACAACGUCCCAAAUAUGUUAUGGCUUACAGCAUACAUUAAUUGCUUUGAGUUGUAACCAUUAAACUGGCAAGUAACCUCUGCAGUUUGAAUGUCCUGAAUGUAUAAUGAUAUGUAUUGUCUUUCUUUUCUUGGUUGGUUGCAUUCUGAAAAUUUUAUAGGCUAUUAAAUCUUUUAACAUAGUUUUCCAGAUUGACUUCCAUACUAAAGUAUUCCUGCUUUGUCGAUUUAUUUGUGUUAUUAUCUGCAUGUUUCGAGAUCUUUAGAUGGGAAAAUUUGUCCGAAUAACACAUUACUAGGUGACCACUUUACAAGGAAUACACGAUCGGAGUCGAAAAAGAAAACAGACGGAGCAGUACCAGUGACUCAUUCUUGACGCUGUUAUUAUACCCGUUUCGUUUAACGCCAGGUACACGAAGACUUGAAGAAAACAUCAGACUGCAGUUUACCAAAUGUUACAUUUUGAUCGUAACAAGUCGUCAUUGCACAACAAUGAUAGUUAACUCUGCAAUAAAAUUGGCUAUCUUCGUGUAACAUUCUAUGCCCAAAGUCCUUUUCUCGGAACUUUGACAAGUGGAUUUAUUUUGAGCGUGGGCAUCUCUGUUUAUGCUUCAUGAUUUAAAGAUACAAUUCAUCCUCCGGCCAUUCUUGUUGUUGGUUUUUCACUACUACUUUAACCACUGGGCUUUGAACUAAUUGCUUUGAAAUUUCAAUGAAUAAAGAUUGUUGUUUUCGCUA